AGGAAGCAAAGGUAGUCUAGGAAUGAGGAAAAUCAGGAAGAGCACAACACAGAUCUUUCUUUUUUGGAUAGUGACGAAGUUACGCGUGUGUCAAACCUUGAACGUUCCAACAGCUUUCCCCCUGAAACGAAAACUAUGUAGACUGAAAGCGCAUUGUGACGCAACGAUUUGGCCAAUUGACUUUGCACUCGAAAUGCACAAAGGGAUGGCGAGUGAACAAGUGUUAUUCUUCUGA